AUGCCUAAGUCAUCUCAUCAGGAACUCGACUACUUCAGCCACAAGUUAUGGCUAGUUGAAGGAACAACGGAGCAAAAUCGUAUCCAUGGAGAGCAGAUUCAACAACUAUUGCAAGCUAGGGAAGAGGAGAGCACACUUAGACGUCCUACAUUUAGUGUGCAACUGGUCUACAAGCAAUUUCGGGAGCUUGGACCGACGGAGUUUAAAGGCACCACAGAUCCGAUUGUUGCAGAAGGAUGGAUUCGAUCUCUGGAGAUGAUAUAUGACUUCAUGCAGCUUACAGAUGCGGACAAGGUCAGGUGCGUGAUAUUUAUGCUACGAGAUGAUGCACGAGUAUGGUGGGAAGGUGCAUGGUUGACAGUUAAUUUGGCUACAUUGACAUGGGCUGAUUUCAAGGAGGUAUUUUACGAGAAAUACUUCACUACUGACAACAGAACCCGGCUGGCAAGGGAGUUCUUUGAGCUUCACCAGGGAGAUUUGAUGGUGGCUGAGUAUGUCAAGAGGUUCGAGAGGGGACGCUACUUCGUACCCAUGAUUGCCAGCCAACCAGUUGAGGAGCUGAAGCACUUUACAGAAGGAUUGAGAGCUGCCAUUCUCCAUGACGUCAGACUAAGUCGGGUCACCACCUUCAGGGAGGCAGUUGGCCAGACACUGAUGUCUGAAAGGGACAGGAAUGACAUGAUCAAGGAAGCCCAGAACAAAAGAUUGAGUUAUCAGGGAAGGGAUCAAUAG